UAUUAGUGCACAAAAGCAAACACUGGUGCUACUAACGUAAGAACUAUGGUUUACAGUUAUAGAUUAUCUGUUGAAGAUGAAGAUGUUGAACAAGGUCCAAAUGCAACCAAAAUAAUGACGGAUCGCAGUUUUAAAGGAAAAAGAGAUCAGUUACUAAAACUGGUAGUUGGAAAACAUGGAGAAAAUGUCAGUCACGCAGAAAAUAUACAAAGGAUUCAGCGUAUUUUAGAAACAAAUAAAAAUUUAUUGACUUACCAAUAUUGGGAAGACAACAAAAUAAGAUCUGUUUUACAUAUUGUCAAAUAUAGUUCCAAAAUGAGAUAUGAUUAUAAACAGCAAGUAAUAAACACUAUUAUAGAUGUCGGAUGUAGACUAUUUAAAUUUUCAGAAAAUUCAUCCUUUAGAGACAAAUGCCUCUCUCUUUUUUUUGCUGCUGCUAAAAGCGAUUUGGAAGAUUUAAGAGAAAUUAUUAUUUAUUUCAGAAAUAAUGAUUUGACAAAAAUAUAUGAUACCCGAGAAGGUGAUACCAUCAUUUCUUUCAUGGUAAAAUUUGGAGAUCAUUUUCAUGGAGAUUUUUUUAAUUGCUUAAAACUUUUGUUAGAGGAAGGCAUUGAUGUUGAAAGAGUUGACUAUUACAAAAAUAAUGUAAGAGGAGUAAUUAGAAAGGAAAAGCAGUUUUUAGAGAAAAAUAAAGUUGACAAUAAGUACAUAGACAAAUUAAAGGAAAUUUGUGAUUAUGUGGAUACAUUUUCCAAAUUAAAUCAGGACUUUAACUCGAGAAUAAACUACAAAUAUAAACUGUUUCAAGGAAUUAUAAACGAACAGAAAAAUUUAAAACACAUUUUAAAACAAAAAUUGGUGGAUUCUGACGACGGGGAGAAUACUCUUCUGCAGCUAGCUAUUAUUAAGAAUAAUGUAGAAAUAACGAAAGAAUUGUUAAAUGCGGGGGCGAACCCUAAUCGUGUAGUUCAAGGAAGAAAUGAAGAAGUUCCUCUCGUAUUGGCCGCUAAACUCCAAAGAGAUAAAAUUUUUCAAGAAAUAUUAAUAAAUAAGGACAUUGAGAUUAGCGAAAUCAUGUUUGUCAAGUUUGUAAAAGAAUUAAAAAGGAAGUUCUUAAAUUCUUUGUUAGAGAUUGAAAACCUGAACGUGGACUUUGAAUAUAAGGGUAAAACACCAUUGCACUAUGCUAUAAUGGAAAAUAAUAAAAAAGCUGUACAAUCCUUACUCCAAAGAGGCUCUCGUGUUGAUGAAACUUGUCUACAGUAUAUCAAUCCUAAAGAUCUAGAAGAUUAUUUCAAUUCAUGUAUUAAAUUUGACAACUUUAGAAAAGAUUUCGAAGAAGGUGAUUUUAAACUCUUCCUGGUGUUUGAUUUUUUUAUCAUAUCGUUUAGGAAACAUUCUAAAAAACAAGCAAUCGAGAAUUCUGCUGAGUCAACACAGUUGUUUGGAAAAAAUAAAAUUUCUCCCGAGGAGUUUAAUUCAGAACUAGCAAUUGUCGAAAAUAUUGGAAAUAUUAAAAGGCUUAAACAUCUACUUGAGCAUCCCUUAGUGUACAUAUAUAUCAUGUUGAAAUGGCACAGUGUAUUGAAGUAUUAUUAUUGUAUUACUAUUGCAAAAUCUGUUUUCUAUAUAAUGAUGGGACUUUUGAUAUGUUCAUUUAAUUACUACUUGGCAACUGUUCUCCUAAUAAUACAACUUAUUGUUGUGUAUUACAAUUAUUCGGAAUUUAAACUGGAAUUUAGGAGAUAUACUUUGCAUUUUAUUUUAGAAUUUCUCAUUUUUAUUUGUUUAGCGGCAAUUUAUAUACUAAAAUCUUUAAAUAAUGACAAAUUUGUAAAAGUCAUAAACGAAAUAUCAGCCUUCAUUAUUAUUUUCAUUUCUGUAUCUAUACUGUUAACCAUCGGUUAUCAUUUAAAAUUGUCUAAAUGGGUAGCAAUGGCAAAAAGAAUUUUCAGAAAUUUUAGUAUAUUAUUAUUGUUUUUCAUGGUUCCUAUCAGUGCAUUCGCGACAUCAUUUAUGUUACUAUCAGAAACAGAUAACGGUGAUUUUUCAAGUUUCUAUGGAUCACUUUUCAAAACAUUUAUUAUGAUAGUCGGUGAAAUAGGAGAUGUAAAAUUUACUGGUAUAAGUAGUUACUUAAUUUUUGUUUUAUUCACUCUUGGUGUAGCAAUAAUGUUACUAAAUUUUUGGAUAGGUAUAGCCGUCGCAGAUAUUAACGAAAUAAAAAAACAAUCGACGAUUGUGGCUUUUCAGCAAGUCAUAUCGUAUGUACGAAGCUUAGAAAAACUGUACAAUUUUAUCUUUGAUAAUAAGUUAUACAGCGAGAAACAAAAACCCUCUUUGAGGUCAAGAAUAACAUUAAAAAAAUUUAAAAGGUAUAAAUACUGUUAUGGCGUCGAUUUUUAUAUGAAUUCUCAGAAACAAUUUAAGAAUAACAAAUAUUUCAGAAAGUGCAAAAUACCCAUAAAAAUAGUUUCAAAAAUUAAAUUGCUAUAUGAAGAAGACAAGACAAAAUCAUUUGAUAGCAUUGUUACGAAAUUAAAUGAAAUUAAACAGUUACUUAAUGAUCACAUUAAUCAAACUCAAUAAAUAUUAAGUCCAAUACAAUUAAUGGUACUAUUUAUUAUUAACUAACUGUAAGCAAAUGAGUAUGUAUAAUAUAUAAUAAAGUAAUGCCAUCUAAUAAAAUUAUGUACUUACCUACAAAUGUACCUAUAGUCUGAAAAUACACAUUUUCUAUUAAAUAUAUUUAAAUUAGAGGAUAUUUUUUAUUUAUUUUAUAAAAUUUAAAAUUUUUAAUUGAUGAUAUUGAUAGGGUAAAAACCUUUCUUUGGAGUCCAGUGACGUAAUCAUAUUUUACAUUUCUACAUUU